UUAAGUUUAUCUCCAAAUCAAGAAGGAUUAGUGAAAACAUCGAAAAUAAAACAAACCUAUUAAGAAUCAAUGAAUAAGGCAUAAUUUGAUUUAUAAAUAGGAUAAAUGGAUUAUUUAGAUUGGGAUAGAUUCUAUUUAAUUAUGAGUAAUGAUAUUAUUGAGAAAAAGUAAAAAUUUGGUGAUGUUUAAUUUGAUACUCAUGCAGCUGAUGUAGGAUGUGUUUUUUGUCCAUAUACUGUUGAUGCGAAAUAAUGAUAUAUAUU